GUGCCAGCAGCCUCCAGUGCUCCAUGCACUCCGCUACCAGACGGUGGCAGAAAUUCGCAAAAACGUUGCUUCCCAAACAAACGUUUGAAGAAGAAGAAAGUUGCAUUGGCUAUAAGGAAGUCGUGUCACAAAGCAACAUGUCGGGCUAGUUUUACUACUGAAAAGCAAGUAUUAAGUCUUUAUUUAAAACCUUUACGCGUAGUAAGCAAAAAUCAAGCUGUCUUCUGAUACUCUUGCAUGAAAAAAAAUGUUCAUAUUUAAACGUGCGCCAUUCGCCGGAGGUUUUCGGAUGCUUCAGUACACCUCCCUCACUUUCGGCUUUUGCAUAGCCUGUCAUCGCUCCAGCUCCCGCAGGGGGGCGAGUCCGUACAACUCAGUGGACAGUGAGCGCUACUCGUCUCUUGUAAAGUCUGUCAUGUCUUCUCGGGUCAGUUCUCAAACGCCCGAGACCAUUCAAGCUGAGGAUGAGCACAUGUUUGGACCAGUUGUCAAAGUUCAGACUACGUCGAGACAAGCGACGAGGCUCCCUAAAGUCAUGUAUCCCUUCUCACAUUGCGAGGACACUCCAGAAACAGAGGAUCUUGAGUCAGUACCUCCAGUCCGGAUUGUAUUAAACCGGGACCGAGAUCGGUCCUCCAUACCGAGUGUGACCAGGAUUCUUCAGGCGACACUUUCACCAGAGCAGCUCUUCUUUCUGGAGAGAUGGAAGAGGAAGAUGGUUGCAGAACUGGGGGAGGAAGGUUUCAAAGACUACACCAAAAAUUUGUUUAGGCAAGGGAAACUUUUCCAUUCAGCCCUGGAGGAAGUUCUGAUGUCAUUUGCAACAAGGGAAGACGAUCAGCAUGCACCCGAUGUGCUGGGAUACAUGAAGAGCAUCGCUUACAUUCUGGAAGAUGUAAGCGCUGCAAGAGCUAUCGAGAGCAGUGUGCGGCAUGACACUCUCAAUUAUUUGGGCAUCGUGGACUGUGUGGCCCGCUACAGAGGUGUUCUGUGUAUUAUUGACUGGAAGACUUCAGAAAAACGUAAACCGUUCCUGAGCAACACGUACGACAACCCAAUUCAGGUGGCGGCCUACGCUGGAGCUUUGAACGGUGAUGACAGAUACAAAUACCAGGUGGAGAACGGCCUCAUUGUUGUUGCUUACAAAGAUGGCUCACCUGCUCACGCACACCAACUGAAUCAUGAGCUGAUGUUGGAGUAUUGGGAAAAGUGGCUGAUUCGCUUGGAAGAGUUCCAAGAACAGAGGCGAUAGCAAGUUGUCAUUUAAACUCAUGUCUAAUUUGAUUCACUGUGCACAGAUAAAUUCAGUGUAGGAUAACAAUUCAGUGUAUGUGGGAAAAAUCGUUUAAUUAUACAUUUUUUUUCUCAUUUUCCGACAGAUUUGUCUUCUUUAAACGAAAUACAGCAUUACUACUUUAAGGGGUGCAAAAAACAAAAGUUUUCAAGGGGUGUGAAAAGGCACAGAAAUGGUUGCGAACUGAUGAUUGUAAUGGGCUUCAGAAACAGUUCAAUUAGGCAGAAGAAAUGGCAAUAUUACUAAACAUUAUACCUAGAUUUUUCCUUUUCAUUUCAGAUCCAGUGAAAGGUGAACAGCACAAGUACAAAUUUCCUUGAUCCUUCCAAGAUGUGACAAAGUUGGGGAAAAUCAUCACCAGCAAUCAUGAUGACCAUUUUAGUUAAUACAACCUAUAUUUUCUACACUAAAAAUCAAUCUAUAGUGGAACCUCAAUUUACGAACGACCCAGUUUUCCCAACCAAUUCGGUUGAUGAACAAUUUUUUACAAGAAAAUUACCUCAGGUUUUAUACUAUUUUUGGUGUACCAACAUCAGUCUUGGCAUGGCCACAGAAGGCUCAGAAAAUGUGUGCUUUUUCUCGGGCCGCAUAAACAUCACUGGCUCUGUGCUUCAGGUAUCUUUGUUUUCUGCCUAAAUGGCAGCCACAUCCCACAAUGCAAUUCACACAUAAGGGCAGUCUUCAGCCCACCUACACUAUAUUGCCAAAAGUAUUUGCUCACCUGCCUUGACUCAAAUAUGAAUUUAAGUGAUAUCCCAUUCUUAAUCCAUAGGGUUUAAUAUGACAUCAGUCCACCCUUUGCAGUUAUAACUGAACUCUUGUGGGAAGGCUUUCUUUGUCUCAUCAGACCAGAAACCCUUCUUUUUCAUGGUCUGAGAGUCCUUCAGGUGCCUUUUGGCGGGCUUCUAUGUGCCUUUUACUAAGGCGUGGCUUUCGUCUGGCCACUCUAUGGUCGUCCUUCUGGAAGCUUCUCCUCUCUCCACAGAGGACCGCUGGAGCUCUGACAGAGUGAACAUCGGGUUCUUGGUCACCUCCCUGACUAAGGUGCUUCUCCCAAUUGCUCAGUUUAGAGGGGCGGCCAGCUCUAGGAAGAGUCCUGGUGGUUCGGAACUUCUUCCAUUUACGGAUGAUGGAGGCCACUGUGCUCAUUGGAACUUUCAAAGCGGCAGAAAUUUUUCUGUACCCUUUCCCAGAUUUGUGCCUCGAGACAAUCCUGUCUCAGAGGUCUACAGACAAUUCCUUUGACUUCAUGCUUGGUUUGUGCUCUGACAUGCACUGUCACCUGUGGGACCUUAUAUAGACAGGUGUGUGCCUUUCCAAGUCAUGUCCAGUCCACUGAAUUUACCACAGGUGGACUCCAAUUAAGCUUUAGGAACCUCUCAGUGAUGAUCAGUGGAAACAUGAUGCACUUGAGCUCAAUUUUGAGCUCUGUGGCAGAGUCUGUGAAUACUUGUGAUUUCUUAGUUUGUUUUAUUUUUAAUAAAUUUACAAACAUUAAAAAAAAAAAAAAAAAAAACUUUUUUAACGUCAUUAUGGGGUGAUGUGUGUAGAGUUGACAAAUGAAUUAAUUCCAAUUUGGAAUGGGGCUGUAACAUAAGAAAAUGUGAAAAAAGUGAAGCACUGUGAAUACUUUCCGGAUGCACUGUAUGUUGAAGCAAUCAGAGGUCCUUUCACUGGAGCUCAGGAGCUAACAUUUUGGACAUUUCCAACUUUGUAGUUAGGGAUGGCCCUUUCCUGUUCCAACAUGACUAUGCAUCAGUGCACAAAUCAAGGUUGAUAAAGACACAUAUGAGAGAAUUUGAUGUGGAUCAACUUGACUGGCCUGCACAAUCCUGACCUCAACACUAUAGAACACUUUUGGAUGAAUUAGAGCGUAAACCAAGAGCCAAGCCUUCUUGGCCAACAUCAGUGUGUAACCUCACAAAUAUGCUCCUGGUAAAAAUGGUCAUAAAUUCUCAUAAACUCACUCCUAACCCUUGAUGAAAGCCUUCCCACAAGAGUUUUAAGAUGUUACAGUCAUAUUAAAUAUGUCAUAUUAAAACCUAUGGAUUAAGAAUGGGAUGUCGCUUCAAUUCAUAUGUGAGUCAAGGCAGGUGAGAAAAUACUUUUGGCGAUACAGUGAACCAUACAUGUUUUUGGAAUGUGGGAGGAUGCCAGAGUAUCUGGAGAAAACCCACACAAGCACGGGGAGAAUGCCACACAGACCGGAGCCUAAAUUCGAACCCAGAUCAUUUAAAACUGUGAGACAGAUGUGCUAACCACUUCUCACUGUGUGGUAACAAUUAUGUUGUUAAUAAAUAGAUAUUUAUUGUUGCUAUAUUUUUUUUAAAAUAAAAAAAGGCUUGAGGUUUAACUAUGCUGAAUAAUUGCCCAGCCGAGACCAACAACAGACUAAAAAAAAAACUGUAAUUAGAUUCCGUUGCACAUUUCCAAAUAAAGAAAUGUUAACAGUUC